AUGAUUUUUGUCGUUGACCUGCGCGAUGACGAAAAUAGGUCGCACCGCUCUGUUAAAUGUAAAUUCGAAGCUCAGGCUACAGUCAAGUGCCUCCGGGAUGUAAUUCUCUCUAGAUUUGUUAUUGCGUUAGAUUUUCAAGAGAUAUUCGAUAGCAGCGAUCGUCGCAUCGACUGGUUAAUAGGUCCAUUGGAAAAUACAGGGCUUCGAGACGGUGAUAUUUUGAUUCUGAAACAUGCAGAACUUCUAUGCUGGACACUGUACAAGGACUGUGUUGAUAUCGUGUUGAAGCAGCGCUGGGACAAAGCUGAAAAAGCAAAUGAAGCUGUCGAACUUCACGAACGUUUGACCAUAAGCGGAUUCUUCGAUGUCUACGUCGAAUUCAACAACUUUGUAAUCCAGAAUCACACUAAAGUCGCUGCUUGGACGGAUGGUGACGUGGGUUUGAUUCGCAAAGCGACGGAGCAGUACUUCCGCAAUCUCCAGGAUCAGAACAGGGGAAACGAAGAUUCCAAAUUCGUUUGUUAUUUCGAAGAACGAGACGCGGACUUAGAAGGCUGUUCAACCAGCACCCUUGCGUUUGUCCAGAUUCAUGGAGAAGAUUCGGUUUCGAAGUACAACGUUAAAUUCCACCAUUAUGGCCCAAAAGGCGGGCGCUUAGGCCAGAGGCCGUACGUCGCCGAAUUCUAUUGCUAUAAAUUAUUAGCAUUAAUCGGUGUCGGCCCCAAAUCUCAUAUUAUUCCUCCUAGCAUGGCGACUGGAACUGAAACAAGCCCAUACAUUGCUACUAAAUGGAACGACAGUUUUGAGCUCCUUGAAAACCUUACUGAUGAGAACAGUCUUUGCGUGGAUGUCGUUGUUCAAUUGGUUAUGCUCAGGGUGCUCCUAUACAUUUCUGAUCUACAUGAGCGGAACUGCGGAAGGUGGAAAGGGACGGAGCACGCCGCAAUUGUUGAUUUUGCCCCGAGAGACAAUGUCAUGAUUUAUACAAAUAUCAAAAACGAACUGGCCAGAACUUUUCCAGACGGCAGAUGGAGAAAACAAUAUUAUGCUGUGAAAAAUCAACACGACGAUAACUCCUGGUUGAAGAUCGCAAAGGUGUAUUUUGAUAAAUGGGAUCUCUCAAACAAGAUUGAAUUGGCUCGUGAAGAACUUUAUCCAACUGAAGACCUCCUUAAAGGGCUAGAAAUUGGCGUCAAGAAAUGGCAAUGCCAGGAUAGUCCCACCGAAGAACUGAACGAAUACAUCGACACAUUGCGAAAAAAUUUGGAGCAGCUUCAGACCCUCCUAAAUUCCAUUGCG